AACUACCCUCUCUUCCUCUCCUUGUGAUCUUUCCUAAAGCUCACUAAGGCUCUGCGUUCUCCGUCUGACGAGCUAACCGUUACGCGCCUACCAGAAUAUUUUCCACUCUUCGCUGCCAGUUCUUCCCAAGCUUCCUCCGCCGUAGCCGCAUUGCUGUCGGUGGCAAUCUCCUUAGAAGUACUUCCCCCAGUGAAGCGAGUAACAGUCCGAGCUGGCUGCCGUCUUGCCUUCAAAGUCGGCCACUCGUCUCGCAGCCAUGGCAGCCGGCGCAAUGGCUACCGAUCUCGCAAAUGCCCUUCGCCCCGCCUCGCAACCGCACCUAUCCCCAUCGCACCUAUCGCCCCUAUCCCAUCGAUCGCACCAUCAAACCCGCGUCCUCACAUCCUCUCCCCUUCCUCCUCCCGUCGCGGCUUCUGCGGCUUCCAAGGCGGCGGUAGAAUGCCGUAUAGCGGGGCCGCUGUUAUCGCGGACGGGGGAAUACCCGGGCACGCGGCGUGCCCCGGGGGUGAGAGAAUAUCAAACGCGGGGAAGGUUCCCCCGCCAGCGUGGCUCCCGCGAGUCCCCCGCGUUGGCGCGCGCAGCCGCAGUCGUGGGGAGGCUGGCGGAAGCCCCGCCGGCCAACGGGACCGCGAAUGGCGCGGCGAGUAGGACAAAGCGCGGGGGAACAGUGAACGGGCGGCUGUCGUCCGGAUACGAUUUGAUGAUGGAGGAUCUGGUGGACGGCCAGGUUUGUCAUAUUCUGGACCGGCCGUCGAAGAAGCAGGUGUGCCUGUUCUACUGUAGCGAGAUGGCGGAUCUCGCGGCGCGAAUCGCGGAGGACCUGGAUAACAUCGAGCUGAAGCCGAUCGAGUGGGGCAAGUUCGAGGACGGCUUUCCCGACCUCUUUGUGCCUAACGCGCACGGAAUCAGAGGCCGCCACGUGGCGUUCCUGGCGUCGUUCAGCUCGCCAGCUGUCAUCUUCGAGCAGCUGUCCAUCAUCUACGCGAUCCCAAGGAUGUUCGUCGCCUCGUUCACGCUGGUGCUGCCGUUUUUCCCAACUGGCACAAGUGAGCGAAUGGAGGACGAGGGGGACGUGGCAACGGCCUUCACUCUCUCUCGCAUUCUCUCCAACAUACCCAUCUCCCGAGGGGGCCCCACGAGCCUCGUCAUCUUCGACAUUCACGCGCUGCAGGAGCGGUUCUACUUUGGUGACAACGUGCUGCCGUGCUUUGAGAGCGGCAUCCCUCUGCUGAAGCACCGCCUGCACCAACUGCCAGACUCGGAUAAUAUAACUAUUGCAUUCCCCGAUGAAGGUGCAUGGAAGAGAUUUCACAAGCAACUGCAACAUUACCCCAUGGUGAUCUGCACCAAGGUGCGCGAGGGCGAGAAGCGCAUCGUGCAGCUGAAGGAGGGGAACCCCAAGGGGCGCCACGUGGUGAUUGUGGACGACCUGGUGCAGUCGGGGUCGACGCUCAUAGAGUGCCAGCGACUGCUGGCAGCGCAUGGAGCGGGGAAAGUGAGUGCGUAUGUGACCCAUGGGGUGUUUCCCAACCAGACAUGGCGGCGAUUCAACCACGACGCCAAUGGCAACCCGUCAGAGGGCUUUGCGCACUUCUGGAUAACGGAUUCAUGCCCCAACACUGCCAAGGCCGUUGCUGACAGGGCGCCAUUCGAGAUCCUCUCCCUCACGCGCUCCAUCCAAGCUGCCCUGCAAGUAUGAAGAGAUCAUAACACGGUCUAUGUUACCAUCACUAGAAGCAUGGUAACGGCAGGGCGCUCAGCGUGCUGUUGCGGGGAAUUGGCAAACAGCACCUCAGGAGUGAAGGUGGCGGUCCCCCUCGCCUGCUUUAUCCUAGCUGCUCUCCCAGUCUAUGACGGCGACAUGGCACCGAGAGUACAGAAUAGCGUAAGGUUUCCCAGCACGAUGUUAGACGAGCAUAUCUGCCCGAGAAUUCCGUGGCUUCAUCUUGCAGGGUUGCAUGUAUAGUAACAAAACUGGACUGGCAAUGUUAUGCUGCCAGUCAAGCCCCGAAAUCAGGCCAUCCAUCCAUCCCAUUGAAUAAACUGCAACU